UCUAUAAAGGAUGGUGCUCUGGGGCGCUCUCUUCAGAAGCGCCGAGAGCGCGGCUGGGACGGUUGGCGAGGAAGGGUUUCCCGGAAGCCGAAGAGACAAACUGCUGUCGCUUCGGCCGUUAAGGAGCCCGGUUACUUAUUUAUUUAUUACUCUUUCUUUUUUCUGUCCCAAGGAUUUUCCUUUAGCCCCUUAAAAGCAUUUUUUUUUGGGGGGGGAAGGUAAAAGCCCUGGAAAAGGGGAGGCGAGAAGGUUCCUUUUGCUUUUCUUCGUAGUUCCCCAGGUCCUUUAAGACCUCCUCCCCUCGCCGGCAGGCAUUUCCUCUCGACCCCGGGAGGUCUUACCCGGUGGCCGCCCCGGCGGGGACUGGGCGCCGAGGCAGAGGCAGCGCCGGGUUUUUGUAGGGAGGUUUGCGCCUGCGCGGCGGGCCAGCCUCAGCCAUGCACGGUGGGGGACCUCCCUCUGGGGAUAGCGCAUGCCCACUACGAACUAUCAAGCGCGUACAAUUCGGAGUCCUCAGUCCUGAUGAACUGAAACGGAUGUCUGUGACAGAAGGUGGCAUCAAAUACCCUGAGACAACAGAGGGGGGGCGCCCCAAGCUUGGGGGACUGAUGGAUCCCAGGCAAGGAGUGAUUGAGCGGACAGGACGCUGUCAGACAUGCGCAGGUAACAUGACAGAAUGCCCUGGCCACUUUGGGCACAUUGAGCUGGCUAAGCCUGUAUUCCAUGUGGGUUUCUUAGUGAAGACAAUGAAAGUUCUUCGCUGUGUCUGCUUCUUCUGUUCCAAGUUACUUGUGGACUCAAACAAUCCAAAAAUCAAAGAUAUACUGGGUAAGUCAAAAGGACAACCAAAGAAACGACUCACCCACGUUUAUGACCUCUGCAAAGGCAAGAAUAUCUGUGAAGGAGGCGAGGAAAUGGACAACAAGUUUGGAGUAGAGCAACCUGAAGGUGAUGAGGAUCUAACCAAAGAAAAGGGCCAUGGAGGAUGUGGGAGAUACCAACCUCGGAUUCGACGCACGGGAUUGGAGCUGUAUGCAGAGUGGAAGCACGUGAACGAGGACUCGCAGGAAAAGAAAAUCCUGCUAAGUCCUGAGCGUGUGCAUGAGAUUUUCAAGCGUAUUUCAGAUGAGGAGUGUUUCGUCUUGGGCAUGGAGCCACGCUAUGCUCGGCCAGAGUGGAUGAUUGUGACUGUUCUCCCUGUUCCUCCUCUCUCUGUGCGGCCUGCUGUGGUUAUGCAGGGGUCUGCCCGGAAUCAGGAUGACCUGACACACAAGUUGGCUGACAUUGUAAAGAUCAACAAUCAGCUUCGGCGGAAUGAGCAGAAUGGAGCAGCUGCUCAUGUGAUUGCUGAGGAUGUAAAGUUGCUACAGUUCCAUGUCGCCACCAUGGUGGACAAUGAGCUGCCUGGCCUGCCCAGGGCAAUGCAGAAGUCAGGUAGGCCCCUCAAGUCCCUGAAGCAGCGGUUGAAGGGCAAAGAAGGGCGAGUCCGUGGUAAUCUGAUGGGCAAGCGGGUGGACUUCUCUGCCCGAACAGUCAUCACACCUGAUCCUAACCUAUCCAUCGACCAAGUAGGCGUGCCUCGUUCUAUUGCUGCCAACAUGACCUUUGCAGAAAUCGUCACCCCCUUCAACAUUGACAGGCUUCAAGAGCUGGUACGGAGGGGAAACAGCCAGUACCCUGGAGCCAAGUAUAUCAUCCGAGAUAAUGGUGACCGAAUCGAUUUGCGCUUCCAUCCCAAGCCUAGUGACCUCCACCUGCAAACUGGCUACAAGGUAGAGCGUCACAUGUGUGAUGGGGACAUUGUCAUCUUCAACCGGCAGCCAACACUGCACAAGAUGUCCAUGAUGGGUCAUAGGGUCCGCAUCUUGCCUUGGUCUACAUUCCGCCUGAAUCUCAGUGUGACAACGCCCUACAAUGCAGACUUUGAUGGGGAUGAGAUGAACUUGCAUUUACCACAGUCUCUAGAGACUAGAGCAGAGAUCCAGGAACUGGCCAUGGUGCCCCGAAUGAUUGUUACACCCCAGAGCAACCGACCUGUCAUGGGCAUUGUGCAAGAUACACUAACUGCAGUGCGAAAGUUCACCAAAAGAGAUGUCUUCCUAGAGAGGGGUGAAGUGAUGAACCUAUUGAUGUUCCUUUCAACAUGGGAUGGGAAGGUACCCCAACCAGCCAUACUGAAACCCCGACCUUUGUGGACAGGAAAACAGAUCUUCUCCCUUAUUGUGCCUGGGCACAUCAAUUGUAUUCGAACCCACAGUACUCACCCUGAUGAUGAAGACAGUGGCCCUUACAAGCACAUUUCUCCUGGGGACACCAAGGUGGUAGUGGAGAAUGGGGAACUGAUCAUGGGUAUUCUGUGCAAGAAAUCUCUGGGCACAUCAGCUGGCUCCCUUGUCCACAUCUCAUACCUAGAGAUGGGCCAUGACACUACCCGUCUCUUUUACUCCAACAUUCAGACAGUCAUCAACAAUUGGCUUCUCAUAGAAGGUCAUACCAUUGGCAUUGGGGACUCCAUCGCUGAUGCCAAGACCUACCAGGACAUUCAGAACACCAUCAAGAAAGCCAAACAAGAUGUAAUAGAGGUGAUUGAGAAGGCACAUAACAACGAACUGGAACCGACACCGGGAAACACUCUUCGACAGACAUUUGAAAAUCAAGUGAAUCGAAUCCUUAAUGACGCAAGAGACAAGACUGGCUCCUCUGCCCAGAAGUCCCUGUCUGAGUACAACAAUUUCAAGUCCAUGGUUGUAUCAGGAGCUAAGGGCUCUAAAAUCAAUAUCUCCCAGGUUAUUGCAGUAGUGGGACAGCAGAAUGUAGAAGGCAAGCGGAUUCCCUUUGGCUUCAAACACCGGACCCUUCCCCACUUCAUCAAAGAUGAUUAUGGUCCUGAGAGCCGAGGCUUUGUGGAAAACUCCUACUUGGCUGGUCUCACACCCACGGAGUUCUUCUUCCAUGCCAUGGGUGGGCGAGAAGGACUUAUUGACACUGCUGUCAAGACAGCUGAAACUGGCUAUAUCCAGAGACGUCUAAUCAAAUCAAUGGAGUCUGUGAUGGUGAAAUAUGAUGCAACAGUACGAAACUCUAUCAACCAAGUGGUACAGUUACGUUAUGGUGAAGAUGGACUGGCUGGUGAAAGCGUUGAGUUCCAGAACCUGGCAACCCUCAAACCUUCCAAUAAAGCCUUUGAGAAAAAGUUCCGUUUUGACUACACCAAUGAGCGAGCACUACGGCGUACUUUGCAAGAGGAAUUAGUUAAGGAUGUGCUGAGUAAUGCCCACAUCCAGAAUGAGCUGGAGCGUGAAUUUGAACGAAUGCGUGAGGACAGGGAGGUGCUUAGAGUCAUCUUCCCUACUGGAGACAGCAAGGUGGUUCUUCCCUGUAACUUGCUGCGUAUGAUUUGGAAUGCCCAGAAAAUCUUCCAUAUCAACCCUCGCCUCCCCUCGGACUUGCACCCAAUCAAGGUUGUCGAUGGUGUGAAAGAGUUGAGUAAGAAAUUGGUGAUUGUCAAUGGAGAAGACCCUCUGAGCCGUCAGGCACAGGAAAAUGCCACACUGCUCUUCAAUAUUCACUUGCGCUCCACUCUGUGCUCGAGACGCAUGGCAGAGGAGUUCAGACUGAGUGGGGAAGCCUUCGACUGGUUACUAGGGGAGAUUGAGUCCAAAUUCAACCAGGCUAUUGCCCAUCCUGGGGAGAUGGUAGGAGCUCUGGCAGCCCAGUCCCUGGGGGAGCCAGCCACCCAGAUGACUUUGAACACUUUUCACUAUGCUGGUGUGUCUGCCAAGAAUGUGACUCUGGGUGUGCCCCGUCUCAAGGAACUUAUCAACAUUUCCAAGAAGCCCAAGACACCCUCACUUACUGUGUUCUUGUUGGGUCAGUCUGCCCGUGAUGCUGAGAGAGCCAAGGAUAUCUUGUGCCGGCUGGAACACACAACUCUGAGGAAGGUGACAGCUAACACUGCCAUCUACUACGACCCUAAUCCCCAGAGCACAGUAGUAGCUGAGGAUCAGGAGUGGGUCAAUGUCUACUAUGAGAUGCCUGACUUUGAUGUUGCCCGAAUUUCACCCUGGCUGCUUCGAGUAGAGCUGGACCGUAAGCACAUGACAGAUCGAAAGCUGACUAUGGAGCAGAUUGCUGAAAAAAUAAACGCAGGUUUUGGUGAUGACUUAAACUGCAUCUUCAAUGAUGACAAUGCAGAGAAACUGGUACUCAGGAUUCGAAUCAUGAACAGUGAUGAGAACAAGAUGCAAGAGGAAGAAGAGGUGGUGGAUAAGAUGGAUGAUGACGUCUUCCUGCGUUGCAUUGAAUCCAACAUGCUGACAGAUAUGACCUUGCAGGGCAUCGAGCAAAUCAGCAAGGUGUACAUGCACUUGCCUCAGACAGACAAUAAAAAGAAAAUUAUCAUCACAGAAGAUGGAGAGUUCAAGGCAUUGCAGGAGUGGAUUCUAGAAACAGAUGGAGUGAGUCUGAUGCGUGUGUUGAGUGAGAAGGACGUGGAUCCUGUACGCACUACAUCCAAUGAUAUUGUGGAGAUCUUCACGGUGCUGGGCAUUGAGGCUGUGAGAAAGGCAUUAGAACGGGAGCUGUAUCAUGUGAUCUCCUUUGAUGGGUCAUAUGUCAACUACCGCCAUUUGGCCCUACUUUGUGACACCAUGACCUGCCGUGGACACUUAAUGGCCAUUACCAGGCAUGGCGUCAACCGACAAGACACAGGACCCCUCAUGAAAUGUUCCUUUGAAGAGACGGUGGAUGUGCUGAUGGAAGCUGCAGCCCAUGGAGAGAGUGACCCCAUGAAAGGCGUGUCUGAGAACAUCAUGCUUGGCCAACUGGCCCCUGCUGGCACGGGCUGCUUUGACCUCUUACUGGAUGCUGAGAAAUGCAAAUAUGGCAUGGAGAUCCCCACUAACAUUCCUGGCCUGGGAGCAGCUGGACCUACUGGCAUGUUCUUUGGCUCAGCCCCCAGCCCCAUGGGAGGCAUGUCUCCUGCCAUGACGCCCUGGAACCAGGGGGCCACCCCUGCUUAUGGAGCCUGGUCCCCUAGUGUUGGGAGUGGGAUGACUCCUGGAGCAGCUGGCUUCUCCCCUAGUGCUGCAUCAGAUGCUAGUGGCUUUAGUCCUGGCUACUCCCCAGCCUGGUCCCCUACACCUGGCUCCCCGGGAUCUCCAGGUCCUUCAAGCCCUUAUAUCCCUUCACCAGGUGGAGCCAUGUCUCCCAGCUAUUCACCAACAUCUCCAGCCUAUGAGCCCCGGUCUCCAGGGGGUUAUACCCCUCAAAGUCCUUCCUACUCUCCCACAUCACCCUCCUACUCACCCACAUCUCCCAGCUACUCUCCAACCAGCCCCAACUAUAGCCCCACCUCUCCCAGCUACUCCCCUACCUCUCCCAGCUACUCCCCCACCUCUCCCAGCUACUCCCCCACCUCUCCUAGCUACUCCCCUACCUCUCCCAGCUACUCCCCUACCUCUCCCAGCUACUCCCCUACCUCUCCUAGCUACUCUCCCACCUCUCCCAGCUAUUCCCCUACCUCUCCCAGCUACUCCCCUACCUCUCCCAGCUAUUCACCCACCUCUCCCAGCUAUUCCCCUACCUCUCCCAGCUACUCUCCUACUUCUCCCAGCUACUCUCCCACCUCUCCCAGCUAUUCCCCCACUUCCCCCAGCUAUUCCCCCACCUCCCCCAACUACUCACCUACCAGUCCCAACUAUACCCCAACAUCACCCAGCUAUAGUCCAACUUCCCCUAGCUACUCACCCACCAGCCCCAACUAUACUCCUACAAGCCCCAACUACAGUCCUACCUCCCCGAGCUACUCUCCAACCUCUCCCAGCUACUCCCCAACCUCUCCUAGCUAUUCUCCCUCAAGCCCACGCUAUACACCACAGUCCCCAACCUAUACUCCAAGCUCUCCUAGUUACAGUCCUAGCUCUCCCAGCUAUAGCCCCACUUCACCUAAGUAUACGCCAACUAGUCCUUCCUAUAGCCCCAGCUCGCCGGAGUAUACACCAACUUCCCCCAAGUACUCACCUACCAGCCCCAAGUAUUCACCUACAAGCCCCAAGUACUCACCCACCAGCCCUACAUACUCACCUACCACCCCAAAAUAUUCACCUACAUCUCCUACUUACUCGCCGACCUCUCCAGUUUAUACUCCAACCUCCCCCAAGUACUCCCCUACCUCCCCAACCUAUUCACCUACCUCCCCCAAGUAUUCACCAACCAGCCCAACUUAUUCACCUACUUCUCCCAAGGGUUCUACCUACUCUCCCACCUCACCUGGCUACUCCCCAACCAGUCCUACCUACAGCCUCACCAGCCCAGCCAUCAGCCCAGAUGACAGUGAUGAGGAAAACUGAGGGGGCACUGGAGAUAUUGGAGGCCAGAGAGUGGGAGAGUUCAAGGCCAGGUUAUCUCAGUUCUCUCCCUGCCACUUCCAAGAUGAUCCCCAAUGACCUUCCAGUUCAUACCCUGAUUUUUAAUCUCAUUCUAGAUGGGUAUUUUUCCAUUUGUUUUUUUUUUUAUUGUGCUUUCUUGGUAUCAUUUAUCUGUUGCAACCUUCCCCACACCAAGCUCCCUAGAGAUUAAGGGUGGGAAGAGUGACCAAGGACACACCCCUAAGCCUGUCCCCAAUAGGGCCCUAACUUAAUUAGUUUGAAGUGGGGAAAGGAGAGAGAGGUUUUAAAACCUGAAGAGGAGGGGUAGUAUACCUGUCCAUGGGAUCAUAUGCUCUUCUCAGGCAGCAUGAAGCUGCCUCUUGUCUGUUUUAUUUUAUUGAAGUUUAAAUAAAGUUUUACUAAUUUUGACCAAAA